CAGAAUAAAAACUGGUGCCUGAAGCAAGAGCUCCGCUGCUUCAACAAUGGCGGAAUUCUCAGAAUCUCCAAAGGACAGACCCUCCGAAAUAUCGGAACUUCCCGAUGAGUCCCAAAAUUCUGUUUCGGAUUUCGACCCCUGCACUAUGCGAAAAACAAAGCCGGGAUUGAAGCGCCUCUUCCUAACUCUAACCGUCCUCUUCUCCUUCUUCCUAGGUUCCCCAUUCUUGCUCAAAUCCAUCGAAAUCUACCGAUCUCCGCUCCCAUUUCGUGACAUCGAUUCGCUGUCGGACUCCGUCGGGUCCAGUCCGCUGUUAUUCCCAUGCCACUUUCAGGCAAUUUUUGUAGGGUUUGAUAAUUUCGAUGCCUAUGAGCUAGGGAUUUCGAUUAAACACGAAAUGAAGAAAUUGACCAAACAUCCCGUGUGCGGCACUUGUAGCGACAGCAACUAUACUGUGUCUGUGACAGUUGACUCUGGCUCUGGCUGUGCGAGGAACUACAAUGCCGAGUCCACUUGCAUGUGGCGGUGUGGCGCAAUUGGGGAAUUUGAUCUUGGUGGUGGUGGUGAUGAUGAUGGUGUUGAUGAGUUUUUGGGGUCUGUUUUGGGGAGUUGUGAGGGUUUUAGGAAGGUUUAUAGUGUUGUGGUGGUGAAUAGAGGUGGGGAAGUUAGGGCCGUGGUUGGGAAGUACAGGCAUGCUUGGAUUAUUGGGGGAGUUUUGGAGGAGGGGAUGAAUGCGAUGGUGGCAAGGGUGGCGGAGACUUUUGUUAAGGUGUUUGUUAAUGGUGGGAAAGAGGAGGGAUCGAUUCAUGGAGAGUUUAUGCCCGUUGGUGCAGAUGGGAGAAUUGUUCUUUCCUUUAAUUUAUUGAAUGCUGAUCCAACUGACUGGAUUUAUGGUUGGGAUUUCCAAAGAAUAGAUGAGAUUCUGUUGGCCCCUGUAAUUAAGGCUUUGGGACCUGUAGCAAACAUAAGCGUGGAAAGUCAGGUUUUAUACCAUACUCCAAAGUCAUCAUUUUCUUACUGGGAUGAAAAAUGGGAUAGCUACAUAUUUAGUACCAAAGAUCUUCCUUUCUUUGUGAAUUCAAAUGAGUGGCAUUUGGAUACUUCUAUUGCAGCGGGGGGCCGAUCGAAGAUUUUGCAAUUUGUGGUAUAUAUACCAUCUGCUAAGGAAUGCCCUCUUCUGUUACAGCUUCCAAAUGGAGAGAUUUCAGUGACAAAUGCCUUUAUAUCUCCAAUGUGGGGAGGUGUUGCUGUUUGGAACCCCCCAGGCUGUUCGAGGGAUUCAGAAAGUAAGCAUCCUGCCCGGCACACAAUUUCUCCUCAGGAUCUUCAGAAGGUGUUUGAAAUAUUCAUGGGCCAGCUGCGGCAACUUUUUGGCCUUAAAUCUGAUAGCCUUUAUGCUGGUGCAUCAGGGACUACCAAUCUUUUAGCCAGUGAAAGAGGCUUUACAGAAUGGGAAUUGGACGUGCUGUCACGGCAACAUACAUGUUUUAAUCUUGUUUCAUGUGCUACUACCCUUGGAUCUCUCUCUAGAUUGGUUCAAUCCCUUCCAAGGAUGAUUAUCAUGGAUGAAAUAGGAAAACAGGUGAAGUUUUCCCUGGAAGCAGCAAAAUUAACUCAAAGUAAUGCAUCUCUUGGAAUUUAUGAUGCUUCAGCCGUCUCCUCAAGGCAAGCAAGAUCUUUAGCAGAAGAUGCCUUUUUCCACCCUUCUAUCAUGUCCGUGAGCUACUACUCGUUUGAGCAUUGCUUUGCUGUCUACUCGCCCUUCUUUCUACCAGUGUCAAUGCAUGUCCUUCUUGCUGCCUUUAGAGAGUGGAGAAGAUACAAGCAAGAAACGGCAAAGUACUUAGCAUGGAAGAAGAAAGCAAAGGUAGCAGCAUCCUAACCAUCUCCCCGAGCUUCAGUUGAUUUCAAUUCAAUGCUCCUAAAACCAGAGAGUAACAUCAAGUGAUAUUAAAGAGGCAACCUACCCAUUGCAAUGGAAAUGUAUUUCUUCAAUCAUUUUGAGGAUCAUUAGGCGUCCUUGCUCACAUGAAGGACCUGUCAUCCAACACGACAAAGGAUUCCAUAACAGUUGCUGAUAGUGAAUUUUUUGUAAUACUAAAAAGGAUUCCACGUUUUAGAUUUCUGCUGGGUAUUUGUUUGGGUAAAUUUUAAAAUUAAAAUCUGUAGCCUGAUCAGUAUUAUAUUUGGUGGAGCUUAUUGGAGUGCUCUGUCCAAAAAAAUAGUGGCGCAAAGUGUGCUGAUGAAAUACGGAUGUCUAAAGGGCUUGUUGCACCA